AAAAUGACCAGAAAGCUACCUCCGAUUUCUCAGCCUCAACCCCGGGCUCCAUUUCUUUCUGUUCGUUCCCGUGCUCGUGUUCCAGCCCUCCUUCCUUCCCUUACUCCUAAAACUUCCUGCCGUAAGCCUCCUCUCCAGGGCCAUCCACGUUGUUCAGUCUUCCAACCUACCCGUUUGCCCCAGCUGACUGAAGUCGCCCCUUCCCAGUACCCUACCUCCCUGAACUCCCUGUCCAGCUCUUCCUCUGUUAAUUCCAGAGCAUCUGUGUGCCAGCGCCCUACUCGUAAGUCACCCCUUUCCCAGUUCCCCCUAUCUUUCCCCCUCACCCUUCUCAUAGCCCUUCUUACUAGUCCCCCGUACCCUAGUCCCCACCCCCUAUCCAGCCACCCACAACCAGACCUGACGGAUUACAAAUCUCACCCUGGAGAGAUGGUUUCCCUCCUACUGGGGCAGUUCUCAGGUGGUUCAGAAUUGCCGAGACAGUGGAUUCCCAGCAGUGACCUGGUGGACACAGGGAAUCCAAGACCAUGGCAAGCGAACACUGGGCCUGGCCUGCGCCUUUCCUCUCCUGCUUGGGCCGCCAGACUGCACAAGCCUCUGCAUUUGAACUGGUUUCUCCACUGAACUUGGUCUGUAACCACAGAGCAAACUGCAGGACCGGGGCAGAGAAGGUAGAGGAAUGAAGAGCAUCGAAUCUGUUAUCAAGGAGGGAAGUGAUUGGCCAACGUGAGGUCCAGUUCUAUGUGCUUUAUCUUUUUGGUCUGCAACUUGAUGGCAAGCCUUUUUCCUGGCAGUAUCCAGAGACGGUUCUAGUAACGAGGCUGUGUUCGGAGGUGCCAGAGUGCUAUCAUAGGAAUGCUGUUGCCUGGAGAAUAGUAGGGUGCCGUUGCCUGGAAGUGAUUGGCCAACCUGAGGUCCCGUUCUAUGUGCAUUGUCUUUUGGGUCUGUGACUUGAUGACAAGCCUUUUUCCUGGCAGUAUCCAGAGGCGGUUCUCAUAACCAGGCUGGGUUCGGGGAGACCAGAGCGGUAUCCUAGGAAGGCUGUUGCCUGGAGACGGAGAGGAACACCAUUGCCUAGAGACAGCGGAAGGCCCGAGGCCAAGCAAGCGGUGAGAGGACACAGAGGGCACCGGACCCACUGAGCAGCUCCAAGGCCAUGGCGGGACGCCUGAAGGAGAGGGUGGUCACAGAUGAGGUCCAUCAGAACCAGAUCUUGCGGGAGCUGUACCUCAAAGAGUUGCGAACCCAGAAACUCUACACACAGUACCACGUGAAUCCCCUGCGCAAGGUUCACAGGAUUACGAGGAAGCCCAUGUCUUGGCAUGAUAACCUGGAGGAGCCUGCAGAUGCCAGGUUUCUGAAUCUCAUUCACCACGCUGCCCAGGGGCCAAGGAAGAAGUACCCGGAGGCACAGACUGAAAACCAGGAAAUUGGGUGGGACUCAGAGCCCUUGAUCGACCCAGAACGCAGUGACCACAGGCUGAACUACUUCAGGGUCUACAAUGACAUCACUCUGUACAAAGCCAAAAUGUGGAGCUUGGGAGAAGAUGAUCGCCACAAGUAGCAUCUCAGCGGUGGAGUCAGUCCCUGGAAUUAAUGUCCUAAGUAUCCACUGCCUAGAAAAGUAAAUAUUUUAAACCCCCCCACCCCCUCUUCCAAAAUUCAUGGAUAAUGGCAAAAAUUAGGAAGCAUGAAAAAUAUGCAGAAGAAGGAAAUAAAAACUGACAUUAUCUCACCAUAUGGAAGUGACUAAUGUUAGCACUUUAAACAUUUUGUUUUUAAAAUUGACAAUAAAUUGCAUAUGUUUAU